ACUCUCUCUCUCACACACACACACAUACACGCACACACACACAUACACGCGCGCGCGCGCACGCACGGAGCAUCCUCCCGUCAGGUCUCCUGGUCCAGCCCCGCCCGCGCCUCCUGCUUCCUGCAAACCUUCUUCUCUCCCCACUCUCCCCCCGCACCAUUCCCUCCGGCUCCAGGGCCCUCCUCGCCGACCCCCAUCUCCCCUCCCGGGAUGGAGCAGAUCAAGCCAGCCUGGAGCCCCCCGCGGCCGGGGUGACGGUCCCCCGCCCCUCUCCCGCCUGGCCCCAGCCCCGAGCACCAUGGGCCUGAGGGGUUCCCGAGGCGCCGGACGCUGAAGAUGACUGAUGCUGGAGCUCUCUUGAGCCAUGGCUUCUUCAAAGCUCCGAGAACCCGCGGAUGAGGUUUUUGACCUGGACUUGGCUGUGCCAGAGACCGUCAGACUGGACAGCAGUUUACACAAGGCCCGGGCCCAACUACUGGCCAAGGGCCGGAGACACCGGCCCUCUCGCUCAAGGCUUCGGGACAGUGCCAGCUCUGCAGAGGAUGGUGAAGGCUCCGAUGGGCCCGGAGGCAAGGUGAACGACGGCUGCGGGAGCCCUCUGCACCGGCUGCGCUCGCCUUUGCACUCGGGCCCCGGGUCCCCGGCGGGGGGCUCUUUCUGCCUGGAUCCUCCGGGGUUGCGGCGCAGCCUGGACGAGGACGAGCCGCCGCCCUCGCCGCUCACACGGUACCGGCCCCUGCACAACGCCGCCUCGCACGAGGGCCUGGCCGCCGCCUCCAGCUCGCCGCCGCGCUCCGCGCCCUCCUCGGACAGCUCACCCAGCUUCGUGCGCCGCCACCCGCGCGCAGAGCCACACAGCGAAGAUGACAGCCGGGAUGCCAGUCCACCUGAGCCUGCCAGCCCCACCAUUGGCCUGGAUAAGAAGACCCGCCGAAAGUUCCUAGACCUGGGGGUCACCUUACGCCGAGCAUCCACGAGCAAGAGCCGGAAGGAGAAGGGUAGCAACCGCCUGUCCGUGGGCAGCAGGGAGUCAGUGGAGGGGUCCGGCAGGUCAGGGGGCUCCCCGUUCCUGCCCUUUUCCUGGUUCACAGACAGCGGCAAGGGCUCAGCAUCUUCCGGCAGCACCACCUCCCCCGCCUGCUCCCCUAAACACGAGGGAUUCAGCCCCAAGAAGUCAGCUUCCCAGGAAUCCACCCUGAGUGAUGACUCCACACCCCCCAGCAGCAGCCCCAAGAUCCCCAGCGGUUCCCGGCAGGAGGCCAAGUGUUCCUACCCCUACCACACGCUGUCCCAAUCUUCGGAUGAGUUCCUGGAUGAACCUCUCCCCGCCGUCCACCACUGGACCAGUCAGCAGGUGGGCCAGUGGCUGCACAGCCUCAACCUGGAGCAGUAUGCCGCCGAGUUUGCCGCGCGGCAGGUGGACGGGCCGCAGCUACUGCAGCUGGAUGGAAGCAAACUGAAGAGCCUGGGGCUCAGCAACUCGCAUGACCGGGCGCUAGUGAAGCGGAAGUUGAAGGAGCUGGCAGCGGCCGCGGAGAAAGAGCGCAAGGCCCAGGAGAAGGCUGCGCGGCAGCGAGAGAAGCUCCGGCGCAGGGAGCAGGAGGCCAAGAAGAGCUAGGGGCGGGCGGGGCAGGCGCUGGCACCCAGGCACCCGGACUCGGGCGGCCGUGGGCUCCAUGGGCACAGGCCUCACGGGGAGGCGGGGCCUGGGCGCCAAGCUUGGGCUGGCCUGGCCCCACGCUCUCAGGAGGUACACGCCCUCUCACCCUGUCACUCUGUCUGGACCCAGAUCCCCCAGAAAGGGAGAGCCCAGGGAGAGGGCCCAGAAAUAAAUCCGAUUUCAAGGACUUGUUUGGCA